UAAAUUCACAUUAUUCACAAACUAAAACCCUCUCUCUCCCUUUCUCUCUCUUGAAUCGCUUGCUUCGAACGCCAUGGAUCCCAACCCACGAACCUUUCCGAUUCUCUCCUACGUCAUGUCCCGUCUCCCUUCAUUGACACCCAGAACCGCCGCCGCCUCCGCCGCCGAUUCCGAUUCCGAACAAUUCGACAUCGAACAGCCACGCGCUCCGCCGCCCUCCGAAAUCGUGGGCCAAAUGCCUUACCUCGCGGACCCGAAACUCCUGGCCUCCAUGACGCGGGCCAUCGCGGAAGUCUCGCAGGCCCGGUCCGUACUCAACGUGAUUGGCGAGCGGCCCACGCACGAAGAAGUGGACAAUGCUCGGGCCCAGCUAGCUGACCUCGAGGCCCACCUCUCCCGACAGCUGGAAGAGAUCGUGCUGCUGCCGAGGCCCCCGGAGAUUGAGAUCCACGCGUGGCGGAGCCACCAGGCCGAGAAGGAGAGGCAGUGCAGGGAAUCGGCGGAAAAUGAGAAGCGAGUUUUGAAAUCGGUGUUACAGCUGGAUGAGAUGCACGAGGCCUACGAGAAGCUUCUCAAGGACGCGGAGAAGCGGUUGGUGAAAAUGUACGAGUCCGCCGAAGAUGGUGGUGGUGACGAUGGAGAAGGAGACAGAAUCGUUGGUGAGGAGGUGAAUGAAGAGGUUGUGGAGAUACUGCAAGAGGCCAACGGAAAAGGAAUGGAGCGUGUGAAUCUUUCUAGCCGGAGAUUGAAGCUCUUGCCUGAGGCAUUUGGCCGGAUUCCUGGCUUGGUGGUGCUUGACGUUUCAACCAAUCAGCUUUCGGCAAUUCCUGACUCAAUAGCUGGAUUGCAAAAUCUCGAGGAGCUUAAUCUCUCUUCAAAUCUUUUGGAAUCACUGCCAGAUUCAAUUGGGUUGUUACAGAAUUUGAAAUUGCUCAAUGUCUCUGGAAACAAGCUGACUGCUCUUCCUGAUCCCAUCUGUCAGUGCAGGUCACUGGUGGAGCUGGAUGUAAGCUUUAACAGUCUAUCAUAUUUGCCGACAAACAUUGGAUAUGAAUUACCAAACUUACAGAAACUCAUGAUUCAAUUGAACAAGAUUCGAUCUCUUCCGUCAUCUAUUUGUGAGUUGAAGUCCUUGCGCUAUUUGGAUGCUCACUUUAAUGAGCUACGUGGGCUUCCUAUUGCAGUUGGGAGGCUGACUAAUCUAGAAGUUCUCAACUUGAGCAGUAACUUCAGCGACCUUAAAGAACUUCCAGAGACAUUUGGUGAUUUGACUAACCUCAGGGAAUUGGACCUCAGCAAUAAUCAGAUUCAUGCACUUCCUGAUACAUUUGGUCGCCUUGAUAAUUUACUCAAACUAAACUUGCAGCAGAAUCCUCUUGAAAUGCCACCAAUGGAGAUUGUAAAUCAAGGGGUCCAAGCCAUAAAGACUUUUAUGGCCAAGAGGUGGGUUGAUAUAUUGAUGGAGGAAGAAAGGAAAAGCAGUAACGAAAUGCAAGAACAAGGACAGGGUGGCUGGUUAACUCGAAGCACUUCCUGGUUGAAGAAUGCUUCUGAAAAUGUAAUUGGGUAUCUUGGAACUGCCGUUGGAUCUCCUAUGUCCCCCAAAUCUCCCAGAGAUGCUUAUCUUGAUCAGCAGCUAUGAGGUGAUGGUCCAGCACAAAAUGGGGACUGUGAGACAUGUAUUUCAGAUUAAGAUUUUAGAUAAUAUCUGCUGCCAAGCAGCAAUUCCUUUCUAUCUAACCUAAGGGAGGGUGGGAUGAUUUGCUAACAGAUAUUUUUGUUUGGGUUAAAGCGUUGGAUAAUCAAGUCUAGCAGCUUUUCAGGUAAAGAUGAUGAUCUAAAAACCAAUUCAACCAAGGAUGAGGUCACAAAUACAUUUAAAUUAAAUAAGAUAAAUUAUUUGAAAUAUUUAUACAUAAUUAUGUAUACAAAUGUAUAUGAAAGAUUCAGUGUAUGGAGUCGUGAUUAGGAAAGAGGCCAUGCCUCCUCAAAUG